AAAAGAUUAAAAAAAGCAAACAUCUAAAAAAAUCACACCUUAUUUCCAAAGGUCCUCACUACUGCUUUGUUAGUUUUCCCUCUGUCUUUCUUGCUCAAACCCUAGAGUGCGAAGAUUGGGAAGCUCCGGCGAGGGACGCCACACCGGUGGGUGGUCGAUUCUUUGGUGCCGCAUGUUCCAAAUUUUCCCUCUGUAGUUGCUACUGAUCUGAUUUAUGCCUUCCUUGCUCGAGCUGCCGUGUUUUGUUCUUGUUGUUCUGCUGCGUUGAUAUCGUAGACCUAUUUGAAGUUAGGCAAGAUGAUGGUGAUGACGAUUUGCAUUGGGAUUCACUUGAGUAUGAAAUCCUUAAUGAAGAGGAAGAAGAAGAAUUGGAGGAAGAGGAAGAGGAAGAGGAAGAGGAAGAGGAAGAAGAAGAGGAAGAGGCAGAAGACUAUGAUGAUGAUGAGGAAGAGGAAGAAGACCAUGAUGAUGAUGGUGAUGAUAGUGCUGGUAACGAAAAUGAAGAUGGUGACAAUGAUGAUUGUAAUGCAAUGAUUUAAUGUUUAAUGAUAUGACUUAUAGGUGUCGAGGUGGUUUAAAUGGGAGAGGUCCCAUUGUUCGAGGACCCCGCAAAGUUGUUGAAACACGUGACUUUACAGAAUCGCAUGCAACAGAAAACGCACUAGAAAAUGCAACAACAGAAAUAGAACACGCAAGAAAUCAGCAAAGUGAGACUCAUAUUAGGAGUGAUGAACAGCUUACCAAUGGGGAUCUUGAUAGAGGCAUAACUGUAUCAGAUGACAGGGGUAAUCCUCAGGCGAAAUUAGUUUUGGACCCUGAUAAAUUAUGGUUUGUCCAUCGUGAUGUAGUUGAUGUAGUAGCGGAGACAUCGUAUAAGACAUACUUCAAGGGACCUUACUACAAUUGGGGUAUGACUCCACGAGAAGUCAAGGAAAGAUGGUGGAAUGCUUUCAAGCAAGAGUUCUCUUGGGAUCCAUCGGUAGCUUCACUGGUAAAGAAGGAAUGGCAAUCAAAAUGUGCGAGGCGCCUUAGUGGUAUAGUGUCAAAGGUUUGCUCAGAUCCAACAUAUAGUGCUACUUGGUGUGCUCCCAGUUUAAGAGAACGUAUGAAAGAAAUGAGAGAAAAAGAUGAUGAUUUCAUAAGGAGAAGAAACCAAUGUUCUAAAAACAGAUUGAGCAAUGAAAAUCAAAAGGUUCACCAUCGUCAAGGUUCCAUUUCGACUGAGGAAGUGAAGCUCAAACUGAAUGAAUUUGAGAAGAAGAAAUCUGCCAACCUCGAAUGUGACAGUGAGACGCAAAAGACUGAGGAUGAAUUGUUUUUUGAGGCUGUGGGCGGGUGGAAUGAAAAGGGUAGAAUAUUUGGUUUGGGUGCAGCUGCUCACUCAUAUUACGAAAGACCUACAUUUGAAGAAAGGCACGAUAAGAAGUCACGGAGAGACUACAUUAAGAGCUUGGAGACUCAAGUUGUUGAACUUGCUGCACAAAAUGACGAACAAAAAAGAACUAGAUGUAACAAAGGAAGGGCUUGUUGAAACCCAAAAGGCGUUGGUUAAACUCAAAAAACGCUAUCCGAAACCACUGAAACUUUCAUGACUUUCAAACAACAAGUGGAGAUGUUUAUGCAAACUAACGCUCCUCGCCCUUGACACUAUGGUUAGCAUAAGAUUUUUGUAUAGGCUUUCAAAGUAUCAAUG